CAAAAAAUUGACUACGUCGUCGGGGAGCAAUGGCGGAGUUGGAAGUAAUGUGAAGUCUUCGGAAUUCGACUUUGCAUCAAUUAUGGCCACACGCAGAACCGUUACUAAUCGUUCGGGUGGUGGCCCUAGAACUCGAGCAUUUGAUGCUGACGAUCAUCAAGUUGUAGAAAGUCCAGAUCAAAAUGCAGAGGAAGAAGAAUCUACGGACAAAGAAACGAGGUUGACGCUAAUGGAAGAAGUUCUUUUGUUGGGCCUAAAAGAUCGAGAGGGAUACACAUCGUUUUGGAAUGAUUGCAUUUCAUCUGGUCUUAGAGGAUGUAUGAUAAUCGAGCUUGGUUUAAGAGGCCGUGUAGAGUUAGAAAAAACAGGAUCUAGAAGAAGAAGUCUUUUGAAUAGAAAAUUGAUUUUUAAAAGUGAAGCACCAACAGGAGAUGUCAUUUUGGAUGAGGCCCUAAAACAUCUGAAGGAAACAGACGUACAGGAGACAGUACAGACAUGGAUUGAUCUGUUAAGUGGUGAGACAUGGAACCCCAUGAAACUGAAGUACCAGCUUAGAAACGUGAGGGAACGUCUUGCCAAGAAUCUGGUUGAAAAAGGAGUCCUCACAACUGAGAAACAGAAUUUUCUUUUAUUUGACAUGACAACUCAUCCAUUGACAGACACAGUGAUGAAACAACGAGUUCUGCGAAAGGUGCAAGAAUGUGUGCUCACAAAGUGGGUGAAUGACCCUCAUCGCAUGGACAAACGCACCCUUGCACUUUUAUACUUAGCCCAUGCCUCAGACGUCUUGGAAAAUGCUUUUGCUCCAUUGAAUGACGAGGACUAUGAUCUUGCAACUAAGCGGGUUCGUCAGUUAUUGGAAUUGGAUCCUGAAGUUGAGGCCCAGCGUUCUAAUUCAAACGAGGUUAUGUGGGCAGUCAUUGCAGCCUAUAUCAAAUAAGUCAAACAUUUAGAGUAUAUGUAAAUCUUUCAUUUAUUUGUCAUUUCUAGUUUAUAAUCAAUUUACUACCGUAUUGUAUGAUUUAUUAUCUGUGGUAAGAGUGAAAUUUAAUCGUGAAAUAAUUGUCAUCACCACAGGUCAUAUGGAAAAUGGGUUGCUCAUAUUUUGAAUUGGGAAAAUGAAUGAAUUUAUUAUACAAACCGUAUUUCCAAAACUCUGCCAUCUAUGUUGUUCAAAUGUGUUACCCAUUACAUUGUCCUUAGGUCUAGUCACCUAAGAAUCUGAUCGCAAAUUGUGAUCUAACGAAGUUUAAUCAAUGAGUUUGGAUAACUGACUAUUCCACUGGCCUUGAAGUAGCAGUCUUGUUUUUCUUUUGCUCUGCAAAAGUAUUUUAGCUAUUUUCUUCUUUCUGCACUUCACUACCAAAAUAAACUGGAAAAUACUGAUGAAAAUUUUUAUCAGAUACACUUAAAAUUUAAAAAUGGUUUUUUCCUGGUUGCAAUCUGUAAUCCUAUAUUAUUUUUUGAAGAAAUUGCUAUUAAGAAGAAAUAUCCUUUGAAUACCAAUUUUGAUAAAUUAUCCAAAUAUCGGUGCUAUUCAAUGCAGUAAGGAAUGACAAUAGGACCAUCUGAAUUCAAUGUGUUUUGCUCAAUCUUUCUAGUUUUAACAUUGAAAAAAUGUAAGGUUUGCCACUUAAUCUAAAAAAAGUUUGAUCUGCUCAUAAGAAUGCAAUCUUUUGACAGUUAUUUUGCCUAAGCUUUUUGUCAUUUGUCAUUUUAUUAGGAAGAUAGCUUUCUGGUGCCACAUUGGCCUUUUUUCCAUAGUAGAAUUGCAUGUCACAAGUUUUAGGAAUGCUAUGCUUGUAUUGAUGGCAUUCUACAUGAA